AUGCGUUUGAUCAACACGUCCACGCUCAUCUUAAGCGAGUUCUUCGGCUCUGAUAUACCGCAAUACGCCAUCUUCUCGCAUACCUGGGAAAGGAAUAGCGAGGUCACGUACCAGCAGUGGAUUGCACCACACACAGAUGCACUUAUAAAGAAGUCAGGAUACCAAAAGAUAAUAGGCGCCUGCCGGAUUGCACGCAGUCACGAGAUUGACUGGAUGUGGGUAGACACCAACUGCAUCGACAAGACUAGCUCGGCGGAAUUGAGCGAGGCCAUCAAUUCAAUGUUCACCUGGUACCAUGCUGCUGUUGAAUGUUAUGUUCACAUGGCAGAUGUAUCCCUCCAACAAAACAGCGAUGUGGGAAAACAGCCUGCCUUCAGAGAGAGCAAAUGGUUUACCCGUGGUUGGACGUUGCAAGAACUUCUGGCUCCAAGAGAGGUCAUCUUCUACUCUCGCGAUUGGGUCAAGCUCGGCAGUCGUGAUGGUGAUUUGCUUCUUCAAGCCAUAAGCGAGGUCACUGGUAUUAAACGCGAAGCACUCUCUUCCAUUAAAGAAAUGUCGGAUUCGAGUGUCGCGGCAAAAAUGUCAUGGCUGUCCAGGCGCCGAACUACAAGAGAAGAGGAUAUGGCUUACUGCAUGCUUGGGAUUUUCGAUUUGAACAUGCCGCUGUUAUACGGAGAAGGGCGCAAAGCGUUCACUAGACUUCAGGAAGAAAUCAUCAAGACGUCAAGUGACCAGUCGAUAUUCGCCUGGACCUGGAACGACGACGUGCCGUCCGACUGGACCAGUAUUCUUGCGCCAUCACCUAGCACUUUCAGCCAGGCGGCCAACAUUUUUGCAUACUCGAAAAGGAAUUCGACCUCCUAUUCCAUUACAAAUGUCGGGCUGUCCAUUGAAUUACCUCUGGCACAUUCAUUUGGGAACAGUUGGAUUUUGCUAAAUAUCUGGAACGGUGCUGGCGUAUUCGAGUCACUUUGCCUACCUGUCAGAAGAAGACAUAAGAAUUUCUCAGGACUCUAUUGCCGGUGCGAUGUGCCUUAG